AUGCUGUUGUUGUUUUUGGAGGUGAAGAAUCGAGCGAACGAUGAUCAAAUGGUCGAUCAAUCUAAGGAGAUUAAAAAAAACAAGGAGAAUUUUGGGCCUUUGAACAUGGAACAGUACAAAUUGCCGGAUGGAUCGUUGGACGGAAAGGAGAUCUUUGUGUGGUACGCAUUCUAUGAUCGCAGAGACCCAGAAGGGCCAAGGAUACGAAUUUUGGCGAACACGGGCCUUGUUGAGACCCGUCCCUUCCCUUUGAUGCCUUUCACAUCACAAUACAAUCCAAAUAAUCAUGUUUACUAUUUGGCUGAGCAUUUAACAACCGCAUUUUGUGGUGUUUGGUCGGACACAAAAUACACGACAAUGAACGACGUUGAUGAGAUUUUUUAUGUGCGAAAUCGGAGUGAAACUCUUCUUGAUGUGGUGAGACGACAAAUGAAUCCGGCUGAAUACCCGGGUGUCGGAGCUCUCAAUCUUGAUCAUCACGGUCUCGGUUUCCCGGAUGAACCUUGGGAUUAUGGUAAAUUCCCGAGAUCGAGUAGACCACAAAAAUACAUCUACCAGACUGAAUAUGCAAAAUUGCCUUGGGUUCACGAGAUGAAAAACUUCUUUGGAAACAAGAAAUCGCAAAUGCUUCCCACAGAGCAAGUGAUCUAUCUUCACAUGCGAAAUGAAAUGACAAAUCUCGAGGGGACACCACGAAUCUAUCCCGAUUUUCAAAUGUUUGAGGAUGAAGCAAUCCCGGAGAUGAGCUUCAUUCUGGAUCAAAUUUUUGGCGACUCUCAGCCGCCAUUCAGAGUUCGAGAAACGAUGCUCGUUCUCAAGAAUUGUACACGACGAGCAAUGCAUGAGAAUCCGGGCGAAGAUUGCCUCAAACCGACCGGAUUAACGUGUUACUCGGCUCUGAAAGAUCUCGAUGAAUGGGUUUAUGCGAAAUCGACUAUUUUUUUGAAUGUUAAAUCAUUUAUUCAAUACGAUUAUCGAAAUGAGAAUCCAAAAAUCCCGGGAAUUAUACUGAAUGAGCUUUUCAAUGGCACUAAUUUACACCUUUCUGAUGGAAGUAAUCUGCUAGAAAGGGCUUACGAUUUUUUCCAUGACGAUAUUGGUUGGGUGAAGAGCUGUAAGAAUAAAAUCAAAUUGACGGAAGAGUGGACAAGAGAUUGGAUCGAGAAUAGUAUCGUCAGAAAUCAAUUAAAUGCAAUAAUGCAAGCCUCAUGUGUUGUUGAUCGAUACUUUCAACGACAUCUCGUUCCCGCAAUGCGUGACACGUUUGGAAUGAGUAAAGAGAAUGUUCGCAAAUUUCGUCAAAGCUACUAUAAAAUCGUGAGUCGUUAUCACAAUGAUCUCAACGCGUGUGUUUGGGCGGCUUUAGGCAAUGAUGGAUACACUCAAUCAUACAAACCGUGGAUGGCUUCAAGAGACACGAUAAUGGUUCAAAUUUUGACCGAAUCCGCAGUGCUGGAUUCCAUUCGUCCACUCACGAAAAACUAUCGACAAACAAUCACAGAAUCAUUCAAAUUUCUUCGACGCAACCUUUCAAAACCACUUUUCGAUUUGAGCACUUUUUUGAAAAAGGGUACAAUUUAUUAUGUCAGU